GUGUUGGUGUUGUCGCACUUCUUUUGGAUUCCUGGAGCACCUAUGCAACGUAGCAUCAGAGGAAUGUUAAGCUCUUUGGUGCACCAGCUUUUAACGAGGAACAGGCCCAUGAUACCCGUGCUCCUAGAAGAAGACGAAACUCUCCAGCAUAAAGACUCAAUUUACGACUGGUCUAAGGAAGAGUUGCAACGGACACUCUUGAAGGUUCUCUCGAAUCGAGCCUACGCCAGCUGCCUUUUCAUUGAUGGCUUGGACGAAGUUGAUCCUGUAGAGGGACAGGCGGCUCUCGUUCAAGUGUUGGAGAAAAUUCGAGCCCAGACGAACGUGAAUCUAUGCGUUUCAAGUCGACCUGAGUCCAUUCUGCAAGAAUCUCUCAAAAACUAUCCGAAGCUUAGGCUACAAGAUUUGACCAACAGUGAUAUCCGUCACAUGGUUGAAGAGCGCCUCAGUCCCUUCAAAGAUCGCCUUGCAAAAAUGAAGAUUGACGAGCGCGGAGCUGUUCGCCUCGACAUUCUCGUCAGCAAGAUAACUGGAAAGGCUGAUGGUGUGUUUCUCUGGGCCACGCUGGUAACGAAGAGUCUCGAACGAGGAAUUGCGAAUGGAGAUGACUGGGCAACGCUGAAUGAACGUCUCGAUGUCCUUCCUAGGGCGAUGAAUGAACUUUACAGUCACAUGUGGUCUCGGCUCAAUGAAGAUGAAAAAUUAUAUCGAGAGCAGGCAGCUACCUACUUUGCAUUCUUUCUC